AGCCAAGUACGAAACAUAGAGAGAUUAAAUCAAAGAGAAUUAGAAGCUGGUAUUUCAAUAGAGGCAUCAUGGCACAACGAAUUCAAAGAUAGUGCAUAUAUAUUCUUUGGCUCAUUACCUUAUGAAUUAACAGAAGGUGACAUUUUGAUCAUUUUCUCACAAUAUGGUAUCCCAGUGCAUUUAAAACUUGUGAGAGACAAAGAAACAGGAAAAAGUAAAGGUUUUGGUUAUCUUAAAUACGAGGACCAGAGGUCUACAAUAUUAGCUGUUGAUAACCUCAAUGGUACCAAAGUUCUGGGAAGAAUAAUAAGAGUUGAUCAU